GGAGCUGCUGUUCGAGGCCCUAGCAGUGCCCGCGUGCCACAUGGCCAGCACCGCGUUGUUGGCGCUCUGCUCCGUCGGCACGUUCAGCGGGCUGGCCGUGGAGGCGGGCGCGGGCGUGUGCCACGCCACGCCCAUCUAUGCUGGCCACUCCUGGCACGAUGCCACCUUCCGGCUGGACGUGGCAGGUAGCACUCUGUCGCGCUACUUGCGGGACCUGCUGGUGGCAGCAUGCCCCGAUCAACGGCUGCAGGCCCUGCCCCGCAAGGUCAUCACACAGCUCAAGAAGCGCUGCUGCUAUGUAUCGCUGGACUUCGAGGGUGACCUCCAAAACCCAGCUCGCCACCAUCCAGCCAAUUUCUGCUUAGGCAACGGGUGCUCUGUCUGCCUCAGCAGCGAGCGCUUCCGCUGCCCGGAGCCCAUCUUUCAGCCGGGUCUGCUGGGCCAGGCUGAGCCAGGACUGGCCACACUGGCCUUCCAGGCACUGCAGAGGGUGCCUGCAACACUACGCACACGGCUGGCCAACACCGUGGUGGUGGCCGGUGGCUCCACACUUUUCCCUGGCUUCACUGAGCGCCUGGAGAUGGAGCUGGAGACGCAGUCCCGGCGGCACGGCUAUGGGGCACUGCAACCUCGCCUGGUGGCCAAGCCUGGGCGUGGCACAGCAGUGUGGACAGGAGGCUCCAUGGUGGCCUCACUGCGCUCCUUUCAAUGCCGCUGGAUGACCCGGGCCAUGUAUGAGGAAUGUGGCUCCAGACUGGUGCACGAAGUGUUCAACUGA